AUGGAGGAACGUUUUGAUUGGAUGACGUUCGGCGACGACGUCUCCGGCGCACAGGCGGGCAGCGCUGCGCCGCCCUCCACCGGCGCCGACGAGGACGUGCCCAUCUUCCUGCGGGAGGAUGCUGGAAUGGCUCAGGCGGGCGCUUCGCAUGCAACGGUGGCGUCAGGAAGCACGGGUAUCGGCGCAGAGAACGGAACGCCGGCGUUUCUUGCGGUGUGCCCAGCGGCUGAUGUGGCGCCGCGCUUGUGUGGUGGCUGGUCAUCGGAGGGUUCGCCGGUGUGGGAUGGCUCUCUCCGGCAACAGCAGAAGCCGUCAUCGACGGCAGCGUUGGGCCACCCGGGAGGCGCUGGCGACGUGCCGGCGGCAACGUCGGCGGUGCUUUACGCUGACCAGCCCUCUGCUGCCGUCCUGCACUUUACAGGGGACAGCGGGCGCUCCUGGGGUGCGCUGCAUCGCGUUCGCAUCCUCGGCAAAGGCAGCUACGGCUGCGCCACCCUGUACUCCAUGAAGGACGCGGCCUCCGGCGCCGUUGAACCAACGCACGCGGUCGUGGUAAAGGAUAUCAACAUGCAGACAAUGCUGAACCCAGCCGAGGAGGUACCGGCUGUGCAGAACGAGCUGAAGGUACUUCGCACCGUGCUGGGGCACCCGAACCUGGUGCAGUACGUCGAUGCCCUGUUCGACACGCGACCGCCCACCUACCCGAUGUCGUUCAUCAUGAUGGAAUACUGCGCUGGUGGGGACCUUGCGGCGGUGAUGGACGGUCGCCGCCCAGACAGCACCACCACGAACGGGGCGCCAUCCUCACCACCAUCCAUCCCCUUGGCCACCACCACCGCAUCCACAGCGGCCGGGCCUGACAUACUUACAGAGCCGUGCGUCGCGUCGCUCUUUAUUCAGGUCGCGGUGGCGCUGCAGUCGCUUCACACUGAGUACGGCAUCUUGCACCGCGACGUGAAGCCGCACAAUAUCUUUUUACUGGAGGACGGCAUCACGGUCCGCCUCGGCGACUUUGGCAUCUCCACGCAGCUCGAUCGCGUCGGCGAUACGGCGAAGGAGGCGUGCGGGUCGCCGUACUACAUGGCACCGGAGCUGUUCGAGGAGCGGGCCUACGGUGCGGCAGCUGAUGUUUGGUCCCUUGGCGUUGUUUUCUACCAACUCAUGGCGCGACAGCUUCCCUUCACGGCCGCCUCAGCGGCGGAGCUCCGUUCGCUUGUGUGCCGCGGCCGCUGCACACCCCUCCACGACCUCCAAAACGAGUCCACGUCACGCUACUCGCGACAGUUCAAGGAACUCGUGAGCUCGCUGCUGACGGCGGACGCGGCGGCGCGGCCGACCCUGCGUCGUGUGCUGCGCCACAAAUACGUGCGAGAGUCUCUCAAGUAUGUCCCUGUGAGUGUGUUGACGGCGAAGAAGCCGCUGCCGGCUGCACGGGUGCCCUCCACAGGCGCAACGCCCUCAUCGUCGUCUCAGAGGUUCAGCGCGGACGGGCUGUACGCCAGCCUGUUCGGCAGUGAUGUGGUGGGGCAGGCGGUGUCGCAGGCCGUACACGCUGGUGUGCACCCCAUUGUGAGCCGUGUUCAUUCGGCAUAG